GGCCCAGCUGUCAGUUUUGUGAUAUUCCUGCAGAAGCACAUAGAAGAUAAAUUUAUUAUUUCUCCCAAAACAAUAAAUAAUAAAUUUUAAGUUUUUUAAUUUGUCCCAGUAUCGGUCCGAGCAUCGUUUUUUUUUGUAAAUAAUUACCAAACCAUCCGACAGGGUUAUGAUUUAAAUAGAAUUACUGUUCUUAUUUUUAAUCAUUAAAGGUGGAACUAAAGUGGAAACGUUUUUUUUGCGUUACUGCUUAAAGAGUGUAAGAGAAUGUCAAGAUCCACUGGGAUGACUUCAGCCAAUACACCAGGGCUCAAGCAUAUAGAUUUGGAUCAAAUAUGGGAGGAACUGCACACUGGGAUAGAGCAUAUGUACAACUUCCAGAGUAUGUCUCGCACAGAUUACAUGAUUUUGUACACUUAUGUCCAUAAUUACUGUACAUCAGUCCAUAAGAGUAGUGAGUGGAGCUCUUCUUCAGUGCAGUUGAAAAGCAAAAAGAAUCAGGCUACCAGUGGGGCUCAGCUGGUUGGGCUGGAGCUGUAUAAGAAACUACGAGAGUUCUUAAGAAAUUAUGUCCAUCACAAAUUGCAAGCGGGCUUGAAUCGUAUGGACGAGGACGUAUUGAAAUUCUAUACUAAGCAGUGGGAGGAGUAUAGACUGAGCAGCAAAACAAUAAGUGGUAUGUGUUCCUAUUUGAACAAAUACUGGGUAAAGCGGGAGUAUGAGGAAGGUCGUAAAGGCAUCUUUGAGAUUUAUCAAUUGGCCUUGGUUACGUGGAGGGACCACCUUUUCAAGCACCUCAACAAGCAAGUGACGAACGCCGUGUUGAAAUUAAUCGAACGCGAAAGGAACGGUGAAACGAUAAAUUCUAGUCUUGUUUUUGGUGUAAUAAAUUGCUAUGUGGAACUUGGCUUGAAUGAGGAUGAGCCAGGCUUGAAGGGACCCAAUCUAAGUAUUUAUAAGGAGAGUUUUGAAAACGUAUUCAUUGAAGAGACGGAACGAUUCUAUACGAAGGAGAGUACUCAAUUUUUGUCGCAGAAUAAUAUCACAGAAUAUAUGAAGAAGGUGGAGCAGAGGUUAACAGAGGAGCAGAAGCGAAUUCAAAUUAAUCUGCAUGAAUCUACUAGCGAACGAUUAGCAAAGACAUGCGAACGCGUACUCAUCCAAAAGCACAUGGAACUAUUUCAUGCAGAAUUCCAGCAGCUUUUGGAUGCUGAGAAAGACGUAGAUUUGGGCAGAAUGUAUCAACUAGUUGCUAGAAUUCCAGAUGGUCUUGGUGAAUUGAGGACACUUUUAGAGCAGCAUAUAGCAAAUCAAGGUUUGGCAGCCAUCGAAAAAUGCAGCGAAACCGCUUAUAAUGAUCCCAAGGUGUAUGUAACAACAAUCCUUGAGGUACAUAAGAAAUAUAAUGCUCUAGUCCUCGUCGCUUUCCACAAUGAUAGCGGAUUCGUUGCCGCCUUAGAUAAGGCGUGCGGCCGCUUUAUAAACACGAAUGCUGUAACCAGAAUGGCGAGCAGUAGCAGUAGGUCACCUGAACUGUUGGCCAAAUACUGCGAUAUUCUGCUAAAGAAAUCCAGUAAGAAUCCUGAAGAGGCCGAAUUAGAAGAUACAUUAAAUCAAGUCAUGGUAGUUUUCAAGUACAUAGAAGACAAAGACGUUUUCCAGAAAUUUUACAGUAAAAUGCUUGCCAAGCGUUUGGUGCAACAUAUGUCCGCCAGUGAUGACGCAGAAGCCUCGAUGAUCUCUAAACUUAAGCAGGCUUGUGGUUUUGAGUAUACGUCCAAGUUGCAACGAAUGUUCCAAGACAUUGGAGUCUCCAAGGAUCUUAACGAACAAUUCCGGUCGCACCUGAAGAACUCUAAUGAGCCUCUGGACAUCGACUUCAGUAUACAAGUACUAUCUUCCGGAUCAUGGCCCUUCCAACAGUCUUUUUCGUUUGGACUACCCACAGAGCUGGAGAGAAGCGUUCACAGAUUCACUAGCUUCUACUCAGGCCAGCAUUCUGGUAGAAAACUUAAUUGGCUCUAUAAUAUGUCAAAGGGUGAACUGCAUACUAAUUGUUUUAAAAAUAGGUACGAUGUUAAUAUUAACUUCAUUAUUUGUAAAAAAAAUAACGUGUUCAUUACGUGCAGGUAUACCCUUCAGGCGAGUACAUUUCAAAUGGCUGUGCUAUUGCAAUUCAACAUGUCUGAUUCAUGGACGUUGGCGCAACUUACUGAGAACACCCAAAUCAAGCACGAUUACAUGACACAAGUGAUCAGCAUACUGCUCAAAGCGAAGCUGAUCACAUGUGAGGAGGAGGAGAGCGAACUCAAACCAGAAUCUGCGGUUGUUCUCUUCAUGGGAUAUAAGAACCGGAAACUGCGCGUCAACAUUAACAUCCCAAUGAAGACCGAACUGAAGCUUGAACAGGAGACGACGCACAAACACAUUGAAGAAGACCGCAAAUUGCUCAUUCAAGCCGCAAUUGUUCGAAUAAUGAAGAUGAGGAAGGUGCUGAAACAUCAGCAGCUAGUCGCUGAAGUCUUAAGUCAAUUGAACACUAGAUUCAAACCAAAAGUUAACAUAAUCAAGAAAUGCAUAGAUAUUUUAAUCGAGAAAGAAUAUCUGGAGAGAACUGAGGGCGAAAAGGAUACGUACAGUUAUCUGGCAUGAUUUCGUCCGUAACACUGCCCCCGAAUUUCAAGCGAACUACCCCCUAACGUGAGUGUGGAAAUGCUGCUUUACAUGUGACUGUGUUUACUACAUUGUACCCAAUAAUCAAUCGAUCGCCGCGUAGCCAUCGGGGUACAAUCUGUAUACUACUUGUAAAUAUUUGUACUUUUAAUAUUUAGUUUAUUAUAAUUUUUGGAUUUAUCAAUAUUAUUAUUAUUACUAUUUCAUUUUAAAAUCGAUUUGCAUGAUGGACUUCUAUUUCUCUGGACUCUAGGAACGAAGAUUAAGAAAAUAAAUACACUGCCGAGGUUCCGUCCACUACUCGUACGUUAGCGGUGGACGGUUGCCGUAGGUCGUGUGACAGCAUUCGUUUGAAAUUAAAUUUACAAAAAAAUGCAACACAAAAGGAAAACAACAAGUGAUAUUCUUAU